GUUGGAUGCAUUUUGACUGUUGUAAACUAUCUGUAUUUGAAUAUUGUAAAAAAGUAUGUCAUCGAUUCUGCUGUUGUUGACUGGAAAAAUCCUAAAAUUUGAAGUUUUGAACUCUCUCCAACUUUUUUUCACCGCCCCUGUCAAUUUUCCACCCUUCCACUUCCGCCGUACACGCUCGGCGGAGAUCUCAUCAACAUACUUGCAGAUCCAUUCGUUUGUUCAAUGUACGGUGUUGUUUGUACUAUGCAGAAAUUGAGCAGUUUUUCUUCUCAUUGAAUUCAAUUUUUUUCCGGGUGGUGAAAUGGAGUUCACAGAGACGUUUAAGCAGACCGGCCCCUGUGCAUUCUCGCCUAAUGCUAGGUUUUUAGCUGUAGCAGUGGAUUAUCGCCUCGUUAUUCGCGAUGUUCUCACACUCAAGGUGGUACAAUUGUUCUCAUGCUUGGACAAAAUAAGUUACAUCGAAUGGGCCCUCGAUUCCGAGUACAUACUUUGCGGUCUAUUUAAGAAGCCUAUGAUACAAGCAUGGUCACUUGCACACCCAGAAUGGACAUGUAAAAUAGACGAGGGCCCCGCAGGUAUUUCAUACGCCAGAUGGAGCCCCGACAGUCGUCACAUACUAACCACUUCCGAUUUUCAACUGCGGCUAACUGUUUGGUCACUGUUGAACACCGCGUGCAUACACGUGCAAUGGCCAAAGCAUGGUUCGAAGGGAGUAUCGUUUACCAAAGAUGGCAAGUUUGCUGCAAUUUGCACUAGGCGUGACUGCAAAGACUAUGUUAAUCUACUGUCUUGUUAUACGUGGGAGAUUAUGGGUGUUUUUGCAGUCGAUACAUUGGAUUUGUCUGAUAUUCAAUGGUCCCCUGACGACAGUGCCAUAGUUAUAUGGGAUUCAAUUCUCGAAUAUAAGGUUCUGAUAUACUCUCCCGAUGGGCGGUGUUUAUCGAAGUAUCAAGCAUAUGAAAGCGGAUUGGGAGUAAAAAGUGUUUCUUGGUCACCAUGUAGUCAGUUCUUAGCUGUGGGAAGCUAUGACCAAAUGAUACGGGUUUUAAAUCACUUGACAUGGAAAGUCUUUGCAGAAUUUACGCAUCUUUCUGUCGUUCGCGGUCCUUGUGCUGCUGCUGUUUUCAAGGAAGUAGAUGAGCCAUUGCAACUUGAUAUGUCGGAGUUAUCACUUAGCGAUGAAUUUGGUCACAGGAAUGCAGACAAUGCUGUCGAGACAUACAUACAAGUUAGAUACGAUGUUAUGGAUAUCCCGAUUACUCUCCCUUCACAAAAACCUCCAGCAGAUAAACCAAACCCCAAACAAGGCAUUGGAUUUAUGUCAUGGAGCAACGACAGCCAAUACAUAUGCACGCGCAACGACAGCAUGCCAAGUGUCCUCUGGAUAUGGGACGUACAGCGUCUAGAGCUGGCAUCAAUCUUGAUCCAAAAAGACCCCAUUCGAGCUGCAGUGUGGGACCCAACAUUCCCCCGUCUGGUUUUAUGCACGGGGAGUAGUAACUUGUACAUGUGGACCCCAUCGGGUGCUUACUGCAUUAACGUACCGUUCCCUCAAUUCUCCGUUCUUGAUCUGAAAUGGAAUUCCGACGGGAGCUGCCUUCUUCUCAGAGACAAGGAGCUGUUCUGCUGUGCUGCUUUACCUUUAUUGCAAGAAUCGAGCGAUUACAGCUCCGAUGAAUGAUGUUCUUUUUGGUCUAACUUAACCCCCCGUUAGGUAAGAAUCGUCUUUUUUUAUUCGUCGAGUAUGUAAUUUGGAAACGAUGUUUGCUUUCACGUUUUUACUAAUUUCGAAGUGCCUUGUAGAGCUUGUAAUUUUUAUUAUCAAAUAGCUAAUAUGAAGUUUUUACUAAUUUUGCUUGUGAAGUUGA